GGCACGGUGGCGUCUCGCGACAUCCUCCUAGCGGCUGGCCCGGGAUAUCGCGAUAAAGGCUCAUUGUCUCGCGCGAGCGCGCCCCAGCAGCGAAUUUCGGGGCAGCCGUGGCCGGGAAGAGGAGUUGCAUGUGUCGCUUCAGCUGGCGGGAGCGGAGGCGGCGGGGGCCGUGCGACCGGCUGGGUUUGUGAGAUGGCUACUGACAUUUCUGAAUCCAGCGGGGCAGAUUGCAAAGGCGAUACGAAGAACAGUGCCAAGUUAGAUGCGGAUUACCCUCUUCGAGUCCUUUAUUGUGGAGUCUGUUCAUUACCAACAGAGUACUGUGAAUACAUGCCUGAUGUUGCUAAAUGUAGACAAUGGCUAGAGAAGAACUUUCCAAAUGAAUUUGCAAAACUUACUGUAGAAAAUUCACCCAAACAAGAAACUGGAAUUACUGAAGGCCAAGGACCAGUAGGGGAAGAGGAGGAGAAGAAAAAACAAAAAAGAGGUGGAAGAGGUCAAAUAAAACAGAAGAAGAAGACAGUACCACAGAAGGUCACGAUAGCCAAAAUUCCCAGAGCAAAGAAGAAAUACGUGACGAGAGUGUGUGGCCUUGCAACUUUUGAAAUUGAUCUCAAAGAAGCACAAAGAUUUUUUGCUCAAAAAUUCUCCUGCGGUGCCUCAGUGACAGGGGAGGAUGAGAUCAUCAUUCAGGGAGACUUCACAGAUGACAUCAUUGAUGUCAUUCAGGAAAAGUGGCCAGAGGUGGAUGACGACAGCAUUGAAGACCUUGGAGAAGUGAAGAAGUGAUUCUGAAGUCAUUGUUUCUGACUGUGACCUGAAAGCUGACACGGCCAGCAGAGGAGAGGCCUUUCAGAAUAUAUACAUAUGUACAUAUGUGUGUAUAUAUACCCUACAGUAAAGCUGUCGACUCCUCGUCCUCGGCGUCCUCACUGUUCCGUACAAGGCUGCUUGUUUGGUUGGUUGGUUUGGUUUUGUUUGUUUUUAUUUUAAAUUGCCAAAGUCUGAAAAGUGAGAGAGAGGGAGAGACUGUCAUGCUUAUGCAUGAAUCUGAAUUUAGUCAAAUAAAACAUUUUGGUCAUUUGGUACUGAU